AUGGACUUGGCAUCUAUCCAGGACGAGCAAUGGGGACAAUCUAUCGCAGGAGUUGAAACCACGACGAACUAUAAUCCUGCUCUGUUCUCCGACUUUCAGUCCUUUCUCGACAUGGGCAAUACUCCCAUAGACGCUUUGGCCUCUUUACAGGUAGAGCCCCAGACGCUUUCCGAACAGCCGUCUUCCGAUCAAUCCCAGGAUACAACAAGAGCAGCGACCGUGGCAGAGGAAGAUAUACUAGACGCGGCGAUACAGUCAUCAUUAAGGGAUCUUUUGUGGCCCGGAUGGCCGACUACUCUUCCCGCACCCAUACUGACAAGGUCCAGUGUCGAAAUAUUCUUCACGACCAUCCCGUCCAUCACUCGCGUCAUCCACAGACAAUCGUUCCUAGCCCGGCUAUCUCUUCCCCCAACCCACCCCGAAUUCCCUCACAAAUCUCUCCUACACGCCAUCUGUGCCGUCGCAUCUCGCCAAUCGGCUGCCGUAUACACACGCACCGUCCAAGAAGACAUUGAAAAAUCGGCAAGAGACGCCAAGGCUGCAAAGGGAAAAGGGCUGGAUGUUGAUCCAGAGAGUUUGACCUGUUUCGCAGAGAAGCAUGCAGAGUAUGCGCUUGCGGCUAUCAAAGUAAAUCAUGUCAAUGCAAGGGGGCUGUUUGACAUGCUGCAAGCGGUGAUCGUUCUCGUGCAUUGGGGUCAAUCGGUCGCUCGAUGGAUGGAUUGCUGGUAUCUUGUCGGCACAGCCGCCCGACUAGCCACUUGCCUCGGGCUUCUUGAUAGCUGCAGCAUACGACUCGACAAAUCAACUCCCUACCGCCGGUCCAUACUGGGCUAUCCCAAAGACGAUGCGGAAAAGGAAGAGAGAAAGGCGGCGAUGUGGUUUUUGCUGAUGUAUGAUGUGACGAGCUCGGCUUCGUCAGGAUGGUCCGGGACGCUGCCUAUGGAUGAAAUUACUACCCAUUUCCCUGCGGCACGGGUAGACUUUGAUAGAGGAGGCGCCAUUCAGGAGAAUCCCCAGUCGUUCGUGUCACCCGAUAUCUACUUCAACCAUCCAGUCGUAGAUAGCUUUGUGAUGCUGUCAAAAGGCAACAUUCUGCUAAGCAGGGUCAUCAAAUUUGUCAAGCGAAGUCGUGGAAUGCAAGCCCAUGAGCGAAGCUCAGUGGCGGACCUGCCAGAGUUUCAGCAGAUUGAGAAUGACCUGGGCAUUCUGAGUAUGACCUUUCCGCCAUCUCUCCGGGAUCCGGUGCAAUACAUGCAAGGCCCUAUCAAGACAAUUGACGCUGAUCUCAUUAGUGCACACUUGGUACUCCACGUCGCAGCAAUCCACCUCCACGAGCCUUUCGCCGACAUGCAGGACCCCACGUCUUCUUCUGCCAACAGACUCUUAGUGGAGGCGCGGGCUUGUUUGAAUAUCGUGUAUCUGAUAGUCAGUGGGACCGCGGACGUGUCGUACAUGGUGGCCCCUUUUACUUAUCUGUUUACUGCUGCCCGAACACUGGCCCUGUUCUAUAACCGAGCAUUGGAGACACAGGACGAGGUUUCUGCGAGGACACUCUAUACUGAAAUCGCGGUUUUCAAACAUGUGUUUACCAGCCUCGCGACCCGUCACGCCGUGGGCGUCCGCCACCUCACCAUGAUUGAUACUAUGACCGCCAGCAUGGAAGAAGAAGCUCUGGGCCGUCCCGUGGUCAAUGGCGAUCUAUCCGGCCUCGGAGCUCAGGCUUCGCGCAUUCAUUCCAACUCGACCCCCUUCUCGUCUCGCUCCAACAACUCGUUCCACACUGCCAGUCAAUCCACAACCCCAGAAGUAUCCUUCCUCGCAGAGAACCACCCUGAUGCUCUGAUGAUCAAUGAUCUCAGAAGCAAGUCGUUGUUCCACUGGUCUUCGAGCGUUAGUGGCAGGCUCCAAGACUACCUCGAUCAAAGGAGAGGGUAUUUGAAGAGUUCUCCAAGCACCAGUGAUAGUAUACCCGAUGUGGGUAGUAGCAAGGGACAGGGUGAGGGACCUGCGCACGUUGAUCCACUGGGUUGGAUGGAUUUGAAGAGUAUAGGGAAGCUGGGAGAUCCGCUCCCGACUUCGGCAUUGUUUACGCCAUAG